AUGGGCCCGAUCGGGGCAGCCCUCACCCUGCGCCGGGCAUCCUGCCGCCGUCACCUGCACUGCCAAACGUUGCCCCUAGGUGCAGACGGGGGACAAGGAGCUGCCCGGCCCCAGCCCCCGCGAGGCCAAGGUGAGAGCCCGUCCUGGGCCCUGGGCAGGACGUGGGGGGGGCUGGGGCCAGCUGUCUGCACCCGUCCCCCAGGACAUCCCCGGGCGUCUCCCCAGUCCCCCGUCCCAGCGCUGCACGGGCUGCCGGGAACGCACCCCAGACCCGGAGCCGUGGUCCGCGGGGGGCCCUGCGCCUUCCUGGCUCCUCCGGGUCCCGCGGGGGACUGGACGUGGCCCGAGCGCCCAUCUCCCGCGGCUGGAGCUUCACCUGCGGCCCCCGCUUGUCCUCUUCCAGAAACUCCGCCAGGAGACCCGGCGCGCGGACAAAUGGAUAAAAAUGCUCAAGCGAUGGGACCACUACCUCCCCAGCGAGAAGGUGGGGCGCUGGGUGCCCCGAGGGCUCUCCGUCCUGACGGGGCUGGGGGCCGCCCUCAGUGUCCUCCUGCCCCGUCCUCGGGGGAGCCCCCUGCCUGGGGAGAGUCUGCUGGGAGCCCGAGCCUCCCCAGGCCCCGGGACGGCGGCGGGGGAGCGUCAGGUCGGGCCACGGUCCCUGCUCCUCGUGGGGGACGGGACCCAGCUCCAGGGAGACCCAGCCUCUCUGCAGACACCCUGGAGCCGAAGCCGGAACCUUCUAGAUGCCUCGUGGCCCCUGGGCUCCAAGGGGCCGCCCUGGGCCCCUCUCACCAGCACUGCCUUCCUCCCCGCAGCUGCGCGCGCCAGGUCUACAAAGGGGUCCCGCCCCAGGUGCGGGGACAGGUGUGGCUGCGAUUGCUGAACGUCGACCAGGUUAAGGCCAGGAAUGCCGGGAAAUACCAGGAAAUGAAGGAGGCGGCCCUGGUCUCCUCCCGGGACAUCAUGCAGAUCGACCUGGACGUCAACCGCACGUUCCGCAGUCACACCAUGUUCUGGGACCGCUACGGGGUCGGACGUCUCCGUGUGCACCUUAGAGAAGGGGGUGCCCUGUGUCCGCAGCCCCCCACCCCAUCCCCUCAACCACCGCCCCCACGCCAUCCCCCUACAUCACCCCCACACCAUCCCCCACACCCCCAGACCCCCCACCCCUACACUAUCGGUCCUGCCCCCCCCCCACACAAGGACGCGGUGCAGCUGCCCCCUGUGGGACAUGCUCAGCCUCCCCGGCCACCUUGGGGUUCUCUGGACGGCCUGCUCCCGUCAGAAGCCCGGGUGUCCCGGAACCUGCUGCCCCCGGGGCCCCCGCGGCCCUCAGAGCGCGGCCAGGUCAGGCUGACCUGUGACCCCCGGCCCAGGGGGAGCCGGCCUCCAGCAGCCCAGGCCCGGGGGCUGCAGAGCCGGGGUGCAGACUCAGGCCGCAGUGCGGGGGGCAUCGGGUGGCUCCUGGCAGCGCUGAGGGGGCCGCACCCCAUACCUCCCAGGGGCUCAGAUAGUGACCCCAUGGGUUCGCAACCUGUAUCCGGGUCACACCUGCACGACAUUCCCUGCUCUCCUCACGGCGGCUCAGACCUGGAGCCCCGAGAUGCUCUGGGAUGGGCAGGCCCAGGGUGCUCCCCACAGAGUCCAGUCCAGGGACACUUGGGAAGGCCUGGGGGUGCGCUCAGGGCCACGGAUGCCCCGGCUGCGUGGGCUCAGGGCAGGGGCCACGUGGGGCUGGUGGUGUUCCCAGGACACGGGCCAGGCCAGGGCAGGGGAGGAGAGGUGUCAGGGCCUGCGGGGACUGAGGCAGGGGGAGCGCUGGCUCCCAGGGGGCGUGCAGGGGGUGCCGCUCCAAGGUUGGAGGGGGCGCUGGCGGCGCUGGGGGAGCCCAGAGCUGCACACCCCAUGGCGGGAGCCGCUUGGAGGCGUUGGACACCCCAGAGUGCACUUAACCCCCGGCACAUUGCACGUGUGAGGUCGCUGCCUGUCCCCGUGCGCAGACCUGACCCAGAGAUCCUCCACCACGGAGGGGCCCUUCGGGCCGCGGGGCCUGCAGGGCGGGUGCAGCGAGCCCUGUUCCACGUGCUGGCGGCCUACUCGGUGUACGACACCGUGAGUGUCCCUGCCCCCACCUCCUGCCCAGCGGGCGGCCUUGUCCUGAGUGCUGGUGACCAGCGGGACUCACAGUUAGGGCCCCAGCUCCGCGGCCCUGAGAUGCCGGGGAGGAAGGGUCCCCGAGGACCCCAGCUCACACGCUCCCCGGCCCCGCUGGGUGUCCUGGCCCAGCUCCCAUCGUGGGACCUGCCAGGGCCACAGUCAGGCCCCCCACCUGCCCUCCGGGGUGUCUCCAGACCUGGCGGGUCCCCUGCAGCCUGGCACAGCUCACGGAGGCCCCCCUGCUGGUCUGAGGAUGGGGCCCUGGCACAGUGGCUGCAGGGCUCGGUAGCAGGGCCCGGGGUGCUGGCGCCCGAGCUGGUCCGGGUGGCCCUCACCUGCCCCCCCGCCCUCUGGGAGCUCCCUCCGGGAGCCCGGGCUGUGAGGGAGCCGGGGGAGCCUGACGCCUGCAGGGAGGGCUCAGAGGGGGCCUCGCGGCGCACGCCCUCCGUGGGGCUCUGGCUCUUGCAGGAGGUGGGCUACUGCCAGGGCAUGAGCGAGAUCGCGGCCAUCCUCCUCAUGUUCCUGCCCGAGGAGGACGCCUUCUGGGUGCUGGCCCAGCUGAUGACCAACAACAGGCACGCCAUGCACGGUAGGGGCCCCCGGGCCGCCGGGCGGGAGGGGAGCUCAGGAGGACCUCCCUGCAGGCUGCUGCACCGGGGGGCAGGCGGGGACCCCCAGCCCGCCUCCCCACGGGCAAGGGACCCGCCUCCCCGGUGGCCUCGGGGUCCCGGAGCCACGGCCACCCACCCAACCGUCUGCAGGCUGGGCUUGCACUCCCGCUGCUCCCCCAGCUUCCCGCCCGGCUGCCUGCUUGCCCCCCCAGGCCCCCCUGCCUGCCCACGGCCACACGGGGCCCAGGGGGCAGCGUCUCCCCCUCCCGGGGGCCUCCAGUCUCACUCCCAAGCCCCACAGAGGGCCGUGCACACCCAUCACCCUCCCCGUGGCCUGCACCCGCUGCCCCUCGGGGUUGGGGACCCGCCUGUCCCCGCAUCAGCCCCUGCAGGAGAGAGGGUUCUGGGUCAGCCGGGCCUGGUCCUCAGCCCCCAGCCCACGCCCCGCGGGGUCUCUGUGAGGACGAGGGUCCCCGGGCCCCGCGCCCCUGUUCUGGGAGGCAGCCCUGCCCUCUGGGAAGAGCGGGUCCAGUCAGGGCUCCGAGGGCAGUGGGCACACGGGGGUCAGGGCGUGGGGGGAGGCCCCUGCCCCGACACCCCCACCCCACCUGGUGCAGGAGGAGGCCCUGACCGUGGGGGCCUGGGGCCUUCUCAGGCUUCUUCGUCUCCCAGGCUUCCCGAAGCUCCUCAGGUUCCAGGCUCAUCACGAGCGCGUCCUCCAAAGAGCUCUCCCCGACCUGAGGAAGCACAUGGCGAGUGGGAGCUCCUGAGGCUCCGUCCCCGGGGCCUGGGGCAGGGGACCCCCUUUUCGCUCACCCUGAAGUUGUGGGAUGCCUACGUACUCAAUGGGGAGAGGGUGCUCACGGCCAUGGCCUACACCAUCCUCAAGGUGUACAGGACGGGACCUGAGGAGUUCCCCACGAGGCCCCUGGGCCUGGAGCAAGUGUCCCCGGAGCCCGGGCCUCUCCUCCCUUCUCCGGCCUCUGAGACACCACCCAGGGUGGAGGAGCAGGCCUCCCCGGGCCCAGCCACCCAGCCUGAGCCACCCGGACCCCCUCCCGGCCAGGCCAUUGUCCAACAUCCCCCCCAGCGAUGGAACUCCCUCCCCAUCCUCCCAGUGCAACAAGACGGUGCAGGCAUGGGGGCUCCGGACAUGGUGAGCUUCAAGACAAAAAACGGGGUCCCCUUCCAUUCAGCACCUGCCUGGGCCACCCCAGAGGCCCUGCGACGGACCAUGCCCUGGAGCUCCCCCUCCGGGACUUCGAUCACAGGGUCCCCUCAGCCCCCGAGGGACGACACUGUCGGGCCCAGGACUCCCUUCCUGCCCCGUGGCCACUGCAGCUCGUGCCCCUCACUGGGCAGUGACGGGCACAGCCAGGGCGGCACUGAGCCCCUGCCCCGAGGCCCCGCACAGGCCCAGGACCCUCUGCCCUCCGCGUCCACGGGACAGCUCGAUGCUUGUGGGCCUCUGGGGCAGAGCGUGGCGGUGUGGGCGGGGGUCCGGAGGCUCUGGCCCGCCGUCACCGUGCCCUGCCUCGUCUUGCUGUCCCUCCCGGAGGGUGGCACCCCCCGCACAGGACACCAGACCCUGAUCCUGAGGGACCUGGGCUGGCCUGGCCCCGGGCUCUGUGGGGGCAGGAGCGAUUCGAGCCCCCUAGGCCCAGCACUAAUGGGAUCCAGUGCCCCGGGGCCCUGGCCAGGCCUGCAUUCUGGCCCCGGGCUGAGCGAGCCCUCUCACAGCUGGAUAUGGCCUCCUGGGCCCUGGGCGUGCCCCACAGAUUCAGGCCGCUGA